AUGUCGACGAUCCGGGUGUUGCAUACGGAGCGCGUUAAAAAAUCAGAUUGUAAUUCAUGUACGGCGAAAAGCCAUGGUUCACAGCCCUCUCCAUUUCGCCUAUGGCGAUGGAUUAGUCAAAGACUCACGCCUUAUGGCUUGGUUUCUUUUAUUCUUCGUUUAAAGAUCCUUCAAGAUGACAUUAUGCUAUUUUGUCUAGAAAGUAAUCGUACAAGAUUAAUUGAUGUUUGUAAAACCCGUUGGGCUGCUAGAAUAGAAGGGCUCUAUAUCUUUGAAGAGCUUUAUAUUGCUAUUGUCAAAACUCUGGAACAGAUGGACCAGAAUUUAGAUAAACAAAUAGGUAUUAACACCCAAUCGAAGGCUGGACCAUUACUUCUCUCUCUUAAGUCAUUUGUAUAUCUUGUGGCAUUAGUUAUUACAAGGCACAUUUUUGAUUUAAUGCUUCCUGUAACAAAGCUUUUGCAAUCAAAGACUGAAACAGAUAUUUUGGAUGGUUGUGAACUUAUUAAUUCUUUAAAAAACUUAACAAUGUCGAUAAGAAACAAUAUAGAUUAUCAUAAUGAAUGGUAUUCAUCAGCCAUUGAUUUAGCCUCAAAAGUUGAUAUUCUAGAACACAAAAAAAAAAAUUGUGGCAGACAAACAACACGUUCAAAUGUUACUGCAGAUUCACCAUCGCAAUAUUACAAACGUGAUUUGCAUGUGGUUCCAUCAAAAUUUGUCUGGUCAGAGAACCAAAUAGGGGAACAAGUAUGGAUUAAGAAUUUCAGAGCAUUUGCUGAAUUUUACAGGAAUGAUUUACCAAAUCCUCUUGCACUAGAGGGUAAAAUAAAGCUAUGGCAGCAAUAUUGGUCUGAUUAUGAUCGAUGCUUACCAGACAAUGUAAUCAAAACGUUAAAAGCUGUCAAAUUUGAUGGCUUUGAAAACAUUAAGGUAGCAUUAAGAAUUUUAGCCACUUUGCCCGUCACAUCCUGUGAAUGUGAACGUUCUUUUUCUUCUUUACGCAGACUUAAGGACUAUACCAGAAGCACCAUGGUUCAGGAUCGUUUAAAUGGAAUUGCACUCAUGUACAUCCAUAAGGAAAUCCUGCCAAACAUAGAUGCUGUUAUUGAUCGGUAUGCAAUGUGCAACCGAAGGCUAUCCUUUUCAUAA